GCUGUCAAUCUUGCUGUCAAUCUCUAGCUGUCAAGACGAGAUUCUAAAAUAAUAAUUCAAUUUGUACAUAGAAAAAAAAAAUUGAAUUUGUUCUGCAGACUGAGGUGUUCCGAGGUACGUUUUUUCUGCGUAUGUGGAAAAGUUACAGAUUUAUACACUUAAAACAAUUCUAACCUCACAUCAGUUAGUACAGUAUUUGUGGAGUUGAGUACAUUAUAUGAAGCAAAAAUGGUGUGUGAAGACGUUCUAAAGGUUAAAAAUUUACCAAAAGAACUAACAGAUGCAGAAAAAGAAGAAUUUCUGAAACACUUUGGCGCUACCAAAGUCAAGCAAAUAACUUCAAAGUCUCGCCAACGCUCGGUCGUUUUUGCAAGAUUUGAAUCCAAAGAAGUCGCAAGAGAGGUAUUAUUUCGUUUACAUCAAGCCUAUGUUCUAAAGAACCGUCUGUGUGUUGAAUAUGCUGUACAUGACAUUGGUUUACCCAAAGUUAAGAAAAUUGAAGAAACUAGUAGCAGCAGCAAAGAACACUUUAAAACAUUUGUAACCAAAUUAAACUCAUUUAACAGUUCAGUUGGGUUCCAACAGCCUCCUCCGCCCCAUCUAAAAUAUUCAUACCCUAAAGCAAACCGUUUAACCAUUAAUAACAUUGGCCAUGCUUUAGCAACUGUACCAAAAUUUUAUACGCAAGUGUUACAUUUAAUGAACAGAAUGAACCUCCCCCCACCUUUUGCUGUACCAGAUCCAAUGAGACAGCGCGUGCCCCAGCAGCCUGUGCAACAGAAGAAUGUCGUUCCACCGCCUCCACCAAAACAACAACAAGGAAGCUCUUCUGAGUCUGAGUUAGAAAGUGAUGAAGAGUCUAAGACAACUAAGGAAAUAAUACCCCAGAAACGGGUUCUUCGGCAGAAGAAAGCAGUGAAAAGACCGAAGUUUAUUAAACCGGUAACGUCUACAGUACCUAGUACGAAACAUGAAAAGCCUGAGGAUGUCUUUGAGAAAACUGAUGUAACUACGCAGCGCAAAAUUGAAUUAAAAGUGUCUGCAACAGCGUUAGAGAGUAAACAAAUUGAGGAGCAAUCUGAACAUGUAGGAACAAUACCAUCAAGUUCAAAGGACUCUGAAGAAGAAGAUAACAAAGAUAAGCAAGUUAUUUCUGCAGAAGAAUUGACUUCCAAUCAAAUUCCAGAGAAAGAUUUAGAUGUUUUGCCUGUUUUCAAGAAUUAUCAUCCAGGGGCGCCUACAUGUAGGCUAUACAUUAAGAACAUAGCCAAAAAUGUGGAACUAAAAGAUUUGGAAUACAUUUACAAUCGAUAUAAAGUUGAAAAUGAAGAAGAUAAAACUAGUACGUUUGAUAUAAGACUUAUGCAAGAGGGCCGAAUGAAAGGGCAGGCCUUUGUAACUUUAAAUUCCGUAGAAAUUGCACAAAAAGCUUUAAAAGAAACUAAUGGGUAUAUAUUAAAAGAUAAACCGUUAGUAGUUGUAUUUGCUAGAUCAGCGCCUGCAAAAAAGUAAAAACUAAAAAUACUUUGUAACUGUCUCAACAACAAAACAAUAUAUUCUUUGUCAUUGCA